CUUAGAGAGCAGAAACAUAUUUAUUCCAGAGAGAAGAAGAAGAAGAAGAAGAAGUGAUCCAUAUGACAUGAUUUAGAGCUGAGGAAGAAGUAGAAGCAAGAAAUAACUACAGUUCUGAUUAAGAUGAGCUCCAACACCAGAGAGAAACUGCAGCAGCAGAUGAGUGACUACAUCUUAGACACUCUCAAAUACGCUGAGACUGUGAAGGAGUUCUGUGACAGAGAGUCCAAAUGGACCUUACAGAGAGAGACUGAGCUGGAGAUGAUGAGAGACAUCAAAGACCGGGCCGAUCAAAUCACUCUGAAGUUUGAGCAUGUUCAGAAGGCUGAGGACAAGACCAAAGCUUUUGGUGAAUUCAUGCGCAGUAGCUUUACUCAGGUUACAGCAGAUUCCAGAAGGCAGGAGCUGGAGAAGGAGCUGGGAGAAGUUCUGAAGAAUACUUUAGAAGGUCUGGAGAAACUCCAACACUUCCUGGAUGCAGUGGAGAAGCUUGCUGUCACGUCACUGUUCGUCUUCAUGGGCGAGAGCUUCAUGCCAAAGGGAGUGAGUUCCAUGUCCGUACGUUCGGUGAUCUCUGCAGCCAGAAUGGUGUGUCCACUCCUCGUCCACUUCAAGAGAGACGCAGGAGCUUUCUUCCAGCCGAGCCUCAGCAAUGUGGAAGUCCUGGCCUCCCAGCUGGAGAAAUACAUCCAGGUCACUCAGCAGAUCUGUGAGAAGAUGGAGAAAAAAUCCAAGUACAUCUCAGGCUCUGAAGGUGUUCCUGAAUGGAUAAAUGGGAAAUUUCAUUUGUACAUGACCGAGGUGUCUGUGCAGAAACAGUAUGAUCAUUUACUCCAGCUAACUAAAAUCAGGAUGGACGAGUCGUUCAGGCUGACUUUCCUAUUUAAUAAUAAGGCCCAAGACUUCAUCCUCAUAUUCAGUGAGCAUCACUCCAGAAUUCUUCAGUUCCUGUCUGAUUUAGAUGAAGCUGCAGAUCAGCUGGACAAGAUGAAGCUGGGCUCCAACAUCUCCACUGUGGCUGGAAGUUCAGUCGGUAUUGCAGGAGGUGCUUUGACCAUCGCAGGUUUAGCUCUUGCUCCUGUGACUGCAGGAGCAUCUUUGGGUCUCACAAUCACAGCAGCUGGUCUCGGAGUCGCCUGUGGCACCAAUAGUCUUGCUCGAGGCAUCGCUAAAAUAGCAGUCAAAAGUCGUUGUAAAAAAACCACCAAGGACAAAUACAGCAGAUUUAAGGAAGAUGUGCAGAAGAUCCUAGAUUGUAUGGAUAUAGUGGCCAGCAGGGAUGAAGCUUUAGAAGACUCUAAUAAUGUUAACAUGCUAUUUGAAACCGUGAAAUUGGGAAAACAUGCAGGAAAAGUAUUACGAAAAGCUUCAUCUGUAAAAGCUCUCUCAAAAAACUUGGCUAAAGGAGCUCCUGUGGCCCUUUCAAAGACAGUCAGGGUGGGGUUCAUAUGCAUAAAUGCCUUCUUUAUUGGUCUGGAUGUGUAUUCCAUCUGUAAAAACAGUAUCAGUCUGUCCAAAGGAAGCAAAAAUGAAGAGGCUCAGCUCAAUCGCUCCAGAUCAGUUCUGUGGCACUCAGAGGUGAAGGCCUGGGAGAAGAUUCAUGACCAUCUGCAUAAAGGAAUCUCAGAGUUUAACAAGAAUCUGGAAAUUCUAGAGCAGCCUUUAUACUUUGACCAGCAUGUUGACCUGCAGUGAGCAUGAUUACAGUCUUUAAGCUAUAAACACUUCCUCCUGAAAUCUUAAAGGUUAAAUGUUAAUGCUGUAAGAGACUAAAGACUUUGACAUUCUGUCAUCACUUCAUUAUCUUCCUGCUGCAUCUGCAUCAUUCUGCUGAACUGCACUGGGGUUCAGUCAUUAGCUGUUCAUUUGAGAUCUUCCCCUCAUACAGUAGCUGCAUUUAUAUUGUUUAAAGAGACAUUUAUAAAGCUUUUUAUCUCUCCGAAUGUAAACACACCUGAGUAAUGUCUAAUUCAAGUAUAUUUACAGUUUCAGAUAGUGCAGUGAAUUUUACAUUGAAGAGUCACAAAUUGUUAAGAACAUGUUAAUAAAAUUGUGAAUAAUAAUAAUAAUAAUAAAUAAUAAUAAUAAUAAUAAAUAAUGCCUGAAAGUU